UGUUCAUUAAUGGUAGUUUUUUUUUUUUUUUUUUUUUUUUUUUGUAAUUUUGUACCUCAAUUUCACUUUUUUCCAUCUGGGUAUUUGUUUUUAGCACAUUUGAGAGAGAAUUGACUUUGGUCAAUGGUGAUUACUCCUUCUGGUAGCAAAAUAAACACUUAAAAAGAAUAUGCCUCAAGAAAGCCUGAGAUCAGUUGUGUACAGAUCAUUUGUCACCUGUGAAGAUCCAAGAGGUGUCAUUGAAGGGAAAACAAUAAGAAUAUCGAAAACCGGUUCUUCGAAAAUGAAGUCUCGAAAACCCGAAAAAGAAUCACUAUCAAAGAGUUCACAAUCAAAGAGUUCAAAAGAAAAAGAAAAAAUGUCUCUUGUUGAGGUGAAAAAUGGAGCUCAGAAGCUAAAUCAAGCUAUUGAUUCAUGGUCAAAUGGGGUUAGUUUUAGAAGUUUUAAAAGUCAACCGAAAGAUAUCGCGAACGAUUUGCUAAAAGGCGCGCUUGAUCUUCAAGAAUCGCUCUUGAUGCUUGGCAAAUUGCAAGAAGCUUCAUGUAUGCCAAGUUCGAAGAAGAAACGAGAAACACAAAGUGACGAAAGUUUUGGUAGAGUUGGUUCGGAUCGGUUUGAGAGUUUUCGAUCUUAUGAUUCGGGUUAUCAAAAAGAACGAAAAUCAGCAAACGGGUCAUCACGAGAUUGCUUCAUGGAGCUUAGAGAAGUGAUUAAAGACGGGCUUUCGAAACAAAAUCUUUUGCCACCAAACAAGUCUUAUCGAUUAUCUCCCGAUAUCGCUUCAACGAGCUCAAGCCGAUCAUCGUCAAUGAUGUAUUCGACUCACGAAUUCACUUCUUCGGACUCUAUUUCAUCACGGGCUACCGAGGAAAAGUCAAAGGGGUCAAACUUGAUCGCGAAACUCAUGGGUUUAGAAGAGUUUCCCUCAAAACCGUCCCUAAAAGAGUCGGAUGUUACUAGCAAAAUGAGGCCCGUUUUCGACGUUGACUUGCCGAAUGUGAAGAAGCCGGAGUUUUUCGUACAAAAAUCGGACCGAGAACAUAUGUCAUUAGAUGAAAUCAUUAUAAUGAUGCAAACAAAAGGACUAUUGAGAAGCAAUAAGCAAGAAAUCAAACAAAGUAGCAAACGAUUGAUAAACGAUGUGCCACCGAUUGUUUUGAUGAGACCGCAACGUUUAGGUCCGGAUAAUCACAACGUUAAAGUUUACAAUAAUCCGAUCCGAAAGCUGAAUCAAGAAAAGGCGAAAACCGAAGAUAAAAGUGUCGAGAAUAAAGGAAAAUCGAAAUCGCCUUCUAAUAAGCCGAAAGCUUCGGUUCAUGUUGUCCCAAAACCGCAAAGAAAGCAGGAAAUUGAGAAGAAAAUUGACCAGAUUCGAAAGAUGACACCACCGGUUAAGAGAAAAACAACAGAGAAGGCGAAAUCGACAAAUUUAAUAUCGAAAAACGCUUCGAAGCAAGUGAAUCCACAAAGAAGUGUUCACCAGAAUGCGAAAUCGUCUUCGGUUUUAUCAUCCAACAAGUUAAAGAAUCAAAUGAAGAACAUCAAGACUGAAAAGCAGGUCAAUGAGUCAUUGACUAAUCAGGAAGAAACUCAGGAUUCUGAAGUUGCAAUCAGAGAAACUGCAAAUGUGAGACAUCAAUCUCCCAAUAAAUCUUUUCGAAACGAUUCAUAUCAAGUUAGAGAUGUUAUCACGAGUACGGAUCAACCCGAAACUAGAAACAAUCAAGAACACAGUAGCGCUGCAGCUUCUGAUAUCGAUAAACAGAAAGCAAGAAUCUUGAAAACUAUAAACGUUUUUCAAGAAUCCGAACCAGCAAACUUCGAGCUUUUUCAAGACUGCGUACACGAGUUUUUAACACACGAAAACGGAAGACAAAAUCCAUGGAUUCAAAUAUCCAUUUUACCACCGCGGCUUUGUGUUUCUGAGGAUCACAUGAUUAAACAGAUAGCGGAAAAGUUCGAAAGUUUAAGAAAUUACAGCGAGGUUUCUAACGAGAGUUCCUGCGAAGAUACGGUUUUCGGAUUGUUGGAACGAGAUUUGAAUUUGUUAACGAUCGGUGGAGCGUGGGGUACUACCGGUUGGAAAGAUGGUUGUACUGUAAAUGAAGUUGAAGAAACUGUUUUGGAUUUGGAGAAGAUAGUUUUAAGCAGAUUGAUUGAUGAAGUACUUUUGGAACUUGUAAGCAUGGGCAGAUUUGUGUAAAGAAUAUAUAUAUAUAUAUAUAGGAUUAGGUUCAAACGUGAACAAAAUCCCAAGAGUGAACUGCGUGAACUGAUCCUUGAUUUUUAUGAUCUUGAGAUUAAAGUGAGUGACAUGAUGGUAAUUAUUUGUUAUUUUUUUCAUUUAAUUAAAUACAAAAAGGGUAUAUGUGUAAUUUUAAUCUUAAAUUGAUUGCAUAAAUCUCUCACAAAUCAAGUAAUCAAUUAUCUUCUUAAAUUGAUUGCAUAAAUCUCUCACAAAUCAAAUCAAGGAUUAGGAAAGAUGUAACUUAAUUCGAUUACUAAAAUAAUUAUUUGUUAAAAUGCGAUGUACACAUGUGUAUUCUGAUUUUGCCCUCUUUUUAAUGCGAUGUACACAUGUGUAUAUCGUCUGUUUUUGUGAUAUCUCAGAAUUUUUUUUGUAUUGAAUGUUGAUGUACACCUGUGAAUUACUGUGCACAUAUGUACGAUGCUUAGUACACAUGUGUACUGUUCUAUUUAUAUCUAAGUACACAUGUGUAUACCGUUGAAAUAUGAAGGUUACAUGGAUCUUAAAAAAUCAAAAUUUGAAUUCUGAUGAUGAAAUCUGAAAUAAAAAUUAAAAUUGAAAUCUGAUGAUUUGUUGUUUGUUUUGAUAAUUAUCUUAUUAAUAAAUAAACAUAAUGUGGAUAAUGAAUUCAAAUUAGGAAAGAUGUAACUUAAUUCAAUUAUUAAAAUAAUGAUUUAAAUCUAAUUUUUUAUGUAAUUACAAUCCUACCCUUAACAACUAAAAAGGAAAUCAAGGGUCAAUAUCUGUUCACGCAGUUCACUCUUGGGAGGUUGUUCACGCUGGAACUCUACCCUAUAUAUAUAUAUAUAUAUAUAUAUAUAUUAAAUUAUGAUUUGGAGCUUACAAAAUGGAAAAAAAAAGAUGGUUACUAAGUGUCUAAGUUAUAGUAGAUAAAUAGAAGUUUAGUGGAUAGAUUGUAGGUGAAACUUGAAAGGUGUUUUUUUGCAUGUUGAAAUGGCAAAACCUGACCCGACCCGACCCGAUUGCGUUAUAGUGACUUGUAUUCUGUUUUGUAAACUCUGUAUAUCACAAUCUAACUCUAAAAGUAGUUGCAAGAAAUGUCAUCAUUCUAGCUUUGGUUCA